UGUGACCGUUUCCGAUUUCCGCCUUGUCGAAGCUAAUGUUAGCUUCUCAGAGACGCUCUUUGAAAUCAAAAUUCUGAUAAAAUGACUUUAGCGGAAGCAGCGAGCGGGUGUAACGGUAUUGAAGGAGAAGAGUCUGACGUUGCUAAAACUUGUGUCCUUGAUGGUUUCAGUGAAAGCAGCGAAAUUAAGGCUUUGAUAUCCAGCCUGCCAGAAGUCCACAAGGAUGCGGCGGCAAGCGAGUUUACAAUACAGACAUUACUGGUGAUAAUGAACAGAUACCAGGAGCAGCCUCACCUGCUGGACCCGCACCUCGAAUGGCUGUUGAACAUGAUACUGGAGUUCGUAAGGAAUGAAAAUUCUCCCCCUUCUCUGUUUCAUUUAAGCUUCAAAUUUCUUUACAUCACCUGUAAGGUGAGAGGGUAUAAAGUCUUCAUGCAGCGUUUUCCUCAUGAGGUUGCAGAUGUCCACCCAGUUCUGGAUUUGUUAUCUAAGCAGGAUCCCAAAGAAGAUGAUAAUUGGGAGACUCGCUACAUACUGUUGCUGUGGCUGUCCGUGACCUGCCUCAUACCUUUUGACCUUUCACGUCUGGAUGGCCAUCUGGGGACAGAGUGUGGCAAAUUGAGACAAUCCACCAUGGACCGCAUUUUAGAUCUUGCAAAGGCAUAUUUAGCUGUCUGUGAUAGCUGCAGGGAUGCUGCGUCUGUGCUAGUAUCAAAGUUUAUUACACGUCCUGAUGUGAAACAGAAGCGUCUUGGAGACUUUUUGGACUGGAGCCUCACCACUAUAUCCCAGACUAGUGACCACAAAUUUAAAGUCUUACCUGUACUCGACGGUGUUUUGCAGUCUCUAGCAAAGCUUUUCAAACAUGGAAAACGCGAUGACCUUCUACAGUACGCUCCCACAGUGCUGCACUGUCUAGAGCUGAAACAUCUGUCAGAGAGCAGCGAGGCCAAGUUGAGGAAGCUGGAGACCAAACUAAUCCAGAGGCUUGGCCUCACCUUCCUCAAGCCACGAUUGGCCACUUGGAGAUACCAGAGAGGAAGCCGCUCUCUUGCAGCCAACCUUUCCAUGUCACAGUCUCCUGCAGUUAGUGCUGUUGUGGCAGCUGACAUGGAGAAGCAGUGGCAGGAGGAUGACUAUGAUAUUCCUGAAGAAGUGGAGAAUGUCAUUGAGCAUCUGCUGGUGGGACUGAAAGACAAAGAAACAACUGUACGCUGGUCUGCAGCUAAAGGCAUAGGGAGGGUGACUGGGAGGCUUCCAAAGGAGCUGGCAGAUGAGGUGGUUGGAUCAGUGCUGGACUACUUCAGUUUUCAGGAAACCGACAAUGCUUGGCAUGGGGGGUGCCUGGCACUGGCAGAACUUGGUAGAAGAGGCUUGCUGUUGCCUUCCAGACUGACAGAUGUUGUGCCGCUCAUUCUCAAGUCCCUGGUCUUUGAGGAGAAGAGGGGUGCAUGCAGUGUUGGUUCCAGUGUGCGUGAUGCCGCCUGCUAUGUGUGCUGGGCCUUUGCCAGAGCUUAUGAACCAAAAGAGCUGAAACCGUUUGUCACUCAGAUUGCCAGUGCUUUGCUAAUCACAGCUGUCUUUGAUCGAGACAUCACCUGCAGAAAAGCUGCUUCAGCUGCUUUCCAGGAGAAUGUCGGCAGACAGGGGACUUUUCCUCAUGGUAUUGAUAUAGUAACUGCCGCGGACUACUAUGCUGUUGGAAAUCGCAGUAACUGCUAUCUGAACAUCAGUGUCUACAUAGCGAGUUUCCCCGAGUACACCAAGGCCUUGAUAGGCCAUUUGGUAGACAUGAAGAUCACCCAUUGGGAUGGGGCGAUCCGAGAGCUUGCCACAAAAGCCCUUCACAACUUGACACCUCAAGCACCUGAGUAUAUGGCGACAACAGUUUUGCCCCAGUUGUUGCGCACGGCAGUGGGCACUGACCUCCAUGGUCGCCACGGAGCCAUCCUGGCAUGUGCAGAGAUUACACAUGCUUUGUUCAAACUGGGUUCUCAGACUAACAGAAGUGCUGUGGAUUUCAUCUCUUCAGAAUGUGUGGAUGCGUUAAAAAAUAUUCAUCAGACUCUUCUUGACAGAAAGCAGUACAGGGGUUUUGGGGGCGAGCUGAUGAGGCCGGCAGUGUGUGGUCUUAUAGAAAAGCUGUCCCUGUCUAAAAUGCCAUUUAAGGAUGAUCCUGUCAUAGCUGCUUGGCAGUGGCUCAUUGAUGACACCCUGAAGACUCUUCAUCUAGUUUCUGUUCGAGUGAAGGAUGACAUUAUGGUAGCGGCAAUAUCGGCCUUGUCUGUCUUAUGUGAGGAGUACUACCAGGUCCAUCCAGGCCAGGCUGACUUACAAAUACAGGAUGCCCUGCUAGCUCAAUACCUUGCAGGGCUGAAGAAUCCGGAGAUGCUAACCCGUUGUGGAUCUGCCCUGGCUCUUGGGUGUCUGCCAAAAUUUCUCAUCCAUGGCAAACUGCAGCAGAUCCUGGAGGGCCUCCAGCAGGCAUAUGCCAGCCAGAAAGAAGGGAAAUUUGCAGAGGCGAGGAGCGAUACAGUCAAAGCCAUUUCUCAAGUCUGCACGAAAGCUGGUGUUUGUGCCCAAGGUUCCCCACACUCAGUCCUGUGCUCCGAGAAUAUAACCGAAGUAUACGAGACGCUGCUUGAUGCCGUUAAUGAGUACACAACAGAUGGCAGAGGGGAUGUAGGGGCCUGGGUGAGAGAGGCAGCAAUGACCAGUCUGCUGGAAGUGACUGUGCUGGUUUCCAGCAGUGCUCCAGAGAUCCUUUCCCCAGACCUGGUGAAACGUAUGAUGUGCUGCCUGGCCCAGCAGGCGGCAGAGAAAAUAGACCGCUACCGGGCGCACGCUGGCAACAUCUUCCUGCAUUUACUUCACAGCUCGCAGCCUGUAGUACCUCACAUUCUCCACAGAGAGGAGCUGAUGACCAUUUUUCCAGCGGAGACCAUCGUCAGUCUGAACUGGAAUGCUCCAUCUCAAGCUUUCCCAUAUAUCACCCAACUGCUGAGACUGCCUCACUAUCGGUACCACACCUUACUAGGCCUCACUGCAUCUGUCGGAGGGAUCACAGCAUCCACGGUGCUUUUUUCAACCCAGGCGUUGUUCGACUAUCUGAAAGGGAUCCAACAAAAUAAUGAUGCUCUCUCCGAGUUUGCAAACGAUUUGCUGAACAUCUUCAGAAUCCACCUUCGUAUUGACAGGGUAGCCAUUCCUGUACUCAACAUGCUCAACCAGUUGUUGUCUAAUAGCUGCUUUGAAAUGUUCACCACACAUGAGAAUCACCAAUUCUGCGUGGACGUUUUGGCACUUUGCAUUGAGAUCAGGAGAUCCAAAAAUGUUUCAAAGCUGCACUCCUGUAUAGCUGUUCUUUCUGGGUUAGUCCAGUUCCAGGGUGAAGUAAGAAAGCAUGUUCUAACCCAGUUGGUACAGUUUCUCUGCAGUCCCUUCCCUGUGAUUAGAAUGUCCGCAGCCAGCCAAAUGUACGAGAUGCUGUUGACCUACGAUGUCAUUGAUCCAGAGGUACUCGAUGAUGUCAUGUCACUGCUAAGUGAUAUUAACUGGAAGAGUGACGUUGACACAGUGGAGACUCACAGGCAUCAGCUCUGUGAUUGGCUAGGAGUUCCCAGGCCAUCUGUGGUGUUCAAGAAAGCGCAGUCUAAGCACGCUGAUUAACUGUGGCUGUGAAACUUAGCGCCACACGACACGCAGCACCACUUCCUGUAAGACUGAGUGCUGAUCUUUGGAGCGCUUCCUGUCUGCUGGGUUAUCGGACAUUGAAAGCCUUAAUGCACCACAGUUCUCACAUUUAGGUGUUUUCUUUUUGUCUUAGUACCACCCACUAAAGAUAAGUGAGAGAAGUGCAUGGAAAAGAGGCGACAGCUGAUCUAAGUCUUCUGAGGGUUUUCUGUUACUGUGGAGGUUAUUUGUUUGCACAAUAUUUUGUCCAAACAGUAAUAAGGACAAAUCGUUAACUCUGCAGCAUUAUUGCUUUUACUGAUGUCCUCCAAAAUGCCUGACAUAUGAAACGCAGUGAUCUUGGAAAAGAAAUGUUUGGCAAAAGUCUGCCGAUAUAUUUAAAAAAAUAACUUUAUUAAUCUGUUUGCAGAUGAGUAAUUUUUGUCUUCUUCUUUGAAGUUAGAAUGCUGUACACGGUGACUGGGCAGAUCCAGAUUUAAGAAUGAUUAAGUAGUUCAGAAUGUUCCCACAUUGCAGUUACAACCCCAAAUCAGAAAAAAGUUGGGAUGUUGUGUGAAAUGCAAAUAAAAAAAAAACAAAACCACAGUGAUUCUUGCAUUUAUUUUGCCUUUUUUCCAUUGCAGACAAUAUAAAGCCAAGAUAUUUCAUGUUUUGUGUGCUAAGCUUAAUUUCAUUGGUUAAUAUGUAUCCAUUCAUGCAUUUAAGGCCUACAGCAUAUU